GCCUGCGGAGGCUUUCGUUCUCCUAGCUGGUUUCGUGCGCAUUCGAGGGAAGGAAUCGUCUUUCCGUGGCUUGGAGUCCCGCGACGCUCCGAUUUACAGCCCCCGGCCCAGGCGUGGUGCAGCCCCCGGCUCCAGCUUUAUUGGAAGGAGACCAUUAUGAAGGAUGCUUCCCCAGCCCCCCUGGAAAAGCACCCCCCUCAGAAGCCUCCUGCCUGAGCCCUUUCCUCAGAGCCGCAGGGCAGCCCCUGGUACCUGGGCAGGGAAGGCGGACCUUGGAGGAGUUGGCCCGAAGACUUGGGCAGAGCUCAGCCUCAAGACUCCGUGAGGAUGGAGGAGGAGGAAGCGCUGACUCCUGGGCCCCUCCAAGCCUGCUUUCAGGCAUCAGUGACGUUCCAAGACGUGGCUGUAGACUUCACCCGGGAGGAGUGGAAACGUUUGGUGCCUGCCCAGAGGGCCCUGCACAGGGACGUGAUGUUGGAGACCUACGAGAACCUGGUCUUCCUGGGUGUAAGUGUUCCCAUUUCCAAACUGGACUUGAUCUCCCUGUUGGAGAGAGGAAGAGCCCUAUCAAGACCUGAAGGAAGAGUCCCCAGGGACACCUGUCCAGAUUCCUUUCUUGAAAAAGUAACCUUUGAAAGCAGGGACUCAAAUCUGACACAAGGCAUUUACACAAGAGCAUCAUAUAAAAAGAGACUGUCAAAGGAUACUCCCCAGCAUUCCAAGAGGAGAAAAACAAGGAGAUUUGAAGUCAGUGUAGAGAAACAGAAGGAUAGCCAGGAGAGACAAUCCAGACUAGUAACAACUACUGAUGGCAAAACUCGAAAUAAAGUAUGUGUUCUUCAUCAUAAUACUUUGGAGAAAAGUUUUCAUUUGGGCUCAGGCUUUGUUGCACAAAGGACAGGCACUAAGGGGAAAAGUCUCCAUAAAUAUAAGAAACUUGGAAAAAGCUUCAAGGAUUUUUCCAAGCUAUUUACAUGUAAUACAAUCUCCAUAGAGAAGAACCUCUCUAAGUAUACAAAGUACAAGAAGCCCUUUAGUUACCACUCAGAUCUAAUUAAAUUUCAUAAAAUACAUGCUGGAGAAAGACUAUGUGAACACACUGAGGAUGGAACAACCUUUGGCAAAAGAUCAAAUCUUACUCAAGAUAAGAUAAUUCAUGUUGAAAAGAAAUAUUAUAAUUGUAAUAAAUAUGGGAAAACAUCUAGCUAUGCUGGAAUCUCGACUAAAUAUAAGAGAAUUCAUGCGAGAGGAAAACACUUUGAAUGUAAUGAAUGUGGCAAGGGCUUUAGUCUGGUGUCAAACCUCAUUAUACAUCAGAGAAUUCAUACUGCAGAGAAAGCCUUUAAAUGUAAGGAAUGUGGGAAAUCCUUCAGUAUAAGGGGAAGACUUAAUAGACAUAAGAGAAUUCAUACUGGAGAGAAACCCUUUGAAUGUACUAGGUGUGGAAAAGCCUUUAGCCAGAGGGGACACCUUAUUAAUCAUCAAGGAAUUCACAGUGGAGAGAAACGUUUUAAAUGCAAUCAGUGUGGGAAGAGCUUCAGCCAGAAGGGGCAUCUCAUUAAUCAUCAAGGAGUUCAUACUGGAGAGAAACCCUUUAAAUGUAAUGAAUGUGGGAAAGACUUUAGCCGGAGGGGAAACCUUAUUGCUCACCAGAGAACUCAUACUGGUGAGAAACCUUUUGCAUGUAAGGAAUGUGGAAAAGCUUUCAGUGAGAGGGGAAACCUCAUUACCCAUCAGAGAACUCAUACUGGAGAGAAACCAUUCGAAUGUCAUGAAUGUAGGAAAGCCUUCAGAGAUAGGGGAAGCCUUAAUAGACAUCAGAGGACUCACACUGGAGAGAAACCCUUUUCAUGUAAUGAAUGUGGGAAAGUUUUCAGGCACAGGGGAUCCCUUAUUGAUCAUCAGAGGAAUCAUACUGGAGAGAAACCUUUUAAAUGUUAUGAAUGUGGAAAAGCCUUUAGCAGGAGAGGAAUCCUCAUUCAUCAUCAGAGAACUCAUACUGGAAAGAAGCCUUUCAAAGGCACUGAAUAUGGGAAGACCAUCAGGAGUAAGGGAAGCCUUAGUAGACAUCAGACAAUCAGUGCUGAAGAGAAACCCUUCGAAUGUGAUGAAUGUGGGAAGGCCUUUAGCCAGAGGGGACUCCUCAUUCAUCAUGAGAGAACUCACACUGGAGAGAAACCCUUUGAAUGUAAUGAAUGUGAGAAAGCCUUCAGUAGCAGGGGAAGCCUUAAUAGACAUCUGAGAAUUCAUACUGGAGAGAAACCCUAUGAAUGUAGUGAAUGCGGGAAAGGCUUUAGCCAAAAGGGACACCUCAUUUAUCAUCAAGGGAUUCAUACUGGAGAUAAACCCUUUAAGUGUAGUGAAUGUGGAAAAGGCUUCAGUUGGAGGGCAAGCCUGAUUACCCAUCAGAGAACUCAUACUGGAGAAAAACCUUUUGCAUGUAAUGAAUGUGGGAAAGGCUUCGGGGAGAGGGGAAACCUUAUUACCCAUCAGAGAACUCAUACUGGAGAGAAACCCUUUGAAUUGAAAACCUUUAAAUGUAAUGAAUGUGGGAAAGGCUUCAGCCUGCGAUCAAACCUUCUUAUCCAUCAAAAAACUCACACUGGAGAAAAGCCCUUCAAAUGUAAUGAAUGUGGGAAAGCCUUUAGUCGGAGGGGAAACCUGAUUGCACAUCAGAGAACUCAUAAUGGAGAGAAACCUUUUUUAUGUAAUGAAUGUGGAAAAGGUUUCAGCCAGAGGGGAAACCUGUUUGCACAUCAUAGAACUCAUACUGGAGAGAAAUCCUUUCCAUGUAAUGAAUGUGGAAAAAGCUUCAUUCAUAGGGUAAACCUUAUUACUCAUCAGAGAACUCAUACAGGAGAGAAACCAUUUGCAUGCCAUGAAUGUAGGAAAGGCUUUAGUCACAGAGGAAACCUUAUUACCCAUUUGAGAACUCAUACUAGAGAGAAACCUUUUGAAUGUAAUGAGUGUGGAAAAGCCUUCAGGUUUAGGGGAAGCCUUGUUAGACACCAGAGAACUCAUACUGGAGAGAAGCCUUUUGAAUGUAAUGUUUGUGGGAAAGCUUUCAACCACAUGGGAUACCUCAUUGAUCAUCAGAGAAUUCAUACUGGAGAGAAACCCUUUGAAUGUAGUGAGUGUGGGAAAGGCUUCAGCAAGAGAGGAUACCUCAUUUGUCAUCAAGGAGUUCAUAGUGGAGAGAAGCCCUUUAAAUGUAAUGAAUGUGAGAAAGCUUUCAGCCAGAGAGGAAACCUUAUUGCACAUCAGAGAAUUCACACUGGAGAGAAGCCCUUUGCAUGUGAGGAAUGUGGAAAAGGUUUUAGCCGGAGGGAAAAUCUUACUAGUCAUCAGAGAGUUCAUACUGGGGAGAAACCCUUUGCUUGUCACGAAUGUGGAAAAUCUUUUACCCAGAGAACAAGCCUAAUUACCCACCAGCGAAUUCAUACUGGAGAGAAACCCUUUGUAUGUAAUGAAUGUGGGAAGUCUUUCAGCCACAGGGACUCCCUCACUUAUCACCAGAGAACUCACACAGGAGAGAAACCCUUUGAAUGUCAGGAAUGUGGGAAGGCCUUCACUCAGAAGGCAAGCCUUAUUACCCAUCAGAGGACUCACACUGGAGAGAAACCCUUUAUAUGUAAUGAAUGUGGGAAAGCCUUUAGCCACCGAGUAUCUCUCACUUGCCAUCAGAGAACUCAUAAUGGAGAGAAACCCUUUGAAUGUCAGGAAUGUGGGAAAGCUUGUAGCCAGAAAGCAAACCUUAUUACCCACCAGAGAACUCAUAUAAGAGAGAAACCUUUUGCAUGUAAUGAAUGUGGGAAAGCCUUCAGCAGGAGAUCCAACCUUGUUACCCAUCAGAAAAGUCAUGCUCUAAAGAAACAGCAUUUGAUGAACUAGAGAGGAUUUAGACAGGAAGUAAAUCUUCAAAGCCACCAGAGAACUCGUAUGAUUCCGACAAUCAACCAGGAGAGACAUCUUUCCUUUCUAAAACAGCUUAUUGUGGCUCUUUUUGGUUUUAUAUCAUUUGUAUUUCUCAACUUAUGCCUUUUCCAUCCCCUCCAAGGAGAUAGCUCUUAUCUUGAAAAAGUCCUGCAAAACAAACCAACACAUUAAAAAACUGACAUCGUAUGCAGUGUUCUACAUCUGUAGUCUACCAUCUGUAUAAAGAAGAGGGAGUAGAGUAGGGUAAUCUUUUCUAGGAAUUUGAUUAUAGUUUUUAUUACUUCUGUACUCUGAUUUCUAAUUUAUUGAUUUUUCUCAUUUUCAAUAUU